GGGAUGGAGAGGAGGUGACUCGUAGCAUGUUGGAGCCUUAUGAAGCUACCAUAGGCAGAUGUGGCGGGAUUCCUAAAGUUAUUGCUACUAUAGGCCAAUUCGCUGCCAAAGAAAUAGCCGAUGAUAAUUCCCACCGGAAGAUCUUGAGUGAUAUAACUGAUGACUUUAUGGGCAUGUUGAAGACCAAUCAAGGGUGUCACAUGUUAAGGGAUCUAUUUUCUUGGAUGCAGUCCUACUUUGAGCGUUGCUCAGAAGCCUCAGAUUCCCUCAAGCCAUGUAUCUUCUAUAUGUCAAUCUUCCCUCGGAACCACAACAUAAGGCGGAGUCAUUUGUUGAGACGGUGGAUUGCUGAAGGUUAUUGCAGGGACACAUGCAGUGGGACGGCAGUGGAGAAUGGGAAGAAGUUGUUCUUGGAACUCACCAACUUGAGCAUAAUCCAACAGUGUCAGAAGGCAAUGAAGUACCUAUACCAAGUAAAUGGUUUCUUUCAUGAAUACAUCAUUUCACAGCCAAUGGAAGACAACCUUGUCUUUUUUGCACUGGAGGGGAAUUGCAGCCUGAACUCGCAAAACGGAGGACAACAUCUGACCAUAAGGAGUAACUGGGACAGAGAUAUCACGGUCUUUAGGAGCCUGGACUUCUCGCGUCUACGGUCCUUGACAGUGUUUGGGAAGUGGAUGCCAUUCUUUCUAUCUUCCAACAUGACUAUACUCCGGGUGUUAGAUAUGUCGGAAACAUCAGGUAUACUAGAUGGUGACCUUGAGCAGAUCGCGAAGGUACUACCUCGUCUUAAGUUUCUCUCUCUGAGAGGAUGCAAAGAGAUAAGCCAUCUACCAGAAUCAUUUGGUGGCCUGAGGCAGCUGCAAACUUUGGAUGUCAGACACACCUCAAUUGUCAUGCUACCGUUGUGUAUCAUCAAGCUACAGAAGUUAAAAUACGUUCGUGCCGGUACCAUCAUACCAUCAGAUGAAGGUGAUGAAUCUGUUGCAAGUAUACUAACAACAAAUGUACACCCUACAUCAACACCACCAGUGGGCACUGAUGACAUGGUCACAACACUACCGCAAACGGCAGAUGAGGUUCAGGCAUCAACACAGUGGUCAUGGAGCUGCCGGCCACGCAGUUUGGUGUCUAGCUGGUUAACCAAGUUGCACAGACACCGAGUUGAUAAUGAUGGUGUUGAGGUUCCUGUUGGGAUUGGGAACUUGACGGGCUUGCAUACUAUUGGUGUUGUCAAUGCCAACAUUCCUAAUGGGAAGGAAAUCCUAAAGAAGCUUAAAAACCUUACACAGCUGCGCAAGCUCGGUGUAUCUGGCAUAAACAGGCGAAACAUCCAAGAGUUGUGUACUUUCAUCUCCGGCCACGGUCAUCUGGAGUCCUUAUCAGCUCGAAUCGAUAAGGAUAAGCAGGGGUUAUUUGCUUGUUUCGAUGACAUGAUUUCCCAGCCACCUAAGACCCUAAAGAGCCUUAAGAUUUACGGGCAUGUAAAGAAACUGCCGAUCUGGAUCAAACAACUUGAUAAUCUCCAGAAGAUAGAUCUUGAAUUGACUAUACUAUUGCAAGAGGACAUGCGCUUCCUUGGGGGAAUGCCAUAUACAGAUUUCUUACGUCGCCUUUGUAUCAAGCCAAUUCAAGAUGCGGAACUCCAUUUUAGCACACUGGGAGAUGGUGUCUUUUGGGAGUUACGGUUCCUAGAGAUCCAUUGCACCUCCAAGUUACAUGUAACUUUUGUAGACUGGGGGACUCAGCGAGUUGAGGUGCUGAAGAUUCACUGCUCCGGUGGGGCGUCUUUGCGGAUUUCUGGACUAGAGUAUCUAGAUCUCAAGGAGUUGUGGCUUAAGGGUUCCUACAGCGACGAAAUCAAGCAAGAGUUGCAACAGCAAGUUUCCGAGCAUGCAAAUAAACCUGUCUUGAAGCUAGUGCAGCGAUGCUCGUCCUGA